AUGGCUGAGCCCCACGCCGCUGCCGCCAUCCCGGCCCCAGUUUCCUCUGAGAAAACCUUCCGAGCCUACACUGCAGAGCAAGGCAAAGAUUACGCCAAAGGCCGCCGCGGCUACCAGGAGCGUUUGUACAAGAUCAUACUAGACCACCACACAUCUACGGGCGGCAAGCUGGAAGCCCUGCUCGACGUCGGUUGCGGUCCGGGCACUGUUGCUCGAGAGCUUGGUCCGCAUUUUGCACGGGUCAUCGGACUGGACCCCGCUGCGGGCAUGAUUGCCGCGGCCCGGUCCCUGGGUGGAGUCUCCUCCACUUCGGAGCCGAUCCGCUUCGAUAUCUCCACCGCCGAAGAGCUGUCAAAUCUGUCUCCGCCCGUCGCGGACGGCAGCAUUGAUCUCGUCACUGCCGCCACCGCCGCUCACUGGUUCGACAUGCCCGGCUUCUGGGCCGCCGCAGCUCGCGUUCUGAAACCAGGUGGUACUGUUGCUCUCUGGAGCGGCGGCUCCAUGUACAUCCAUCCCUCGGUGCCCAAUCACGAACGCAUCCAGACAUCCCUGCAAGUCUGCCGGGAGAAAUAUCUAGUGCCCUACAUGGCGCAGGGUAACUUCCUUGGUGAAAACCUAUACGAGACGCUGCCUCUUCCUUGGAAUUUGGAGGAGCCAAUCCCGGAAUUUGACGAGAGCACUUUCUAUCGCAAGGAGUGGAACAAAGAUGGUUUGCUGGAGAAAAAUGGGAAAUUCUUCCACCAGCUGACUUGGAGUUUGGAUGAUAUGGAGAACAUGAUGAGCACCAUAAGCCAAGUCACACGAUGGCGCGAGGCGAACCCCGAUGAUGCCGGGACUGAACGCGAUGUUGUCAGGAUGCUGCGGAGGGAAGUUGAAGGCCUACUUCAUGAUGCUGGUGUUGAGAAGGGAAAUGAGAAGUUGACGAUCGGGUGGUCUGGGGUUCUUCUUUUGGUGAAGAAGAAACAGGCUUGA